GCUCCCCCUUCUUCUGCACUAGUUCUCGGGCUUGGGGGCGCUCGGGUGUGCAGUCUCUCCCUUGCGGUCCUGUGCGGUUGUCCUCACACCUCGGCCUCUAGAGCCCCUUGCGAGGCUUUGGGGCGUGCAGUCAGGAUGGCAUGUUUUUAAAUGCACGGAGAAGCCUCUGCCUUAAGUCCCGUGGGAAGACUGACAGCUCUGGACCGGUGGUCGUCGAGCAUCACCGUUAUUCCUCCUAAAGUCCUGUGUCAUUGAGCAUAGGUAUAAAAAUGCCUUAAAAAAAGAAACAUGGAGAAAUAUGUGAGACUACAAAAGAUUGGAGAAGGUUCAUUUGGUAAAGCAGUUCUUGUUAAAUCUUCAGAGGAUGGCAGACAGUAUGUUAUCAAGGAAAUUAACAUCUCAAAAAUGUCAAGUAAAGAAAGGGAAGAAUCAAGGAGGGAAGUUGCAGUGUUGGCAAACAUGAAGCACCCAAAUAUUGUCCAGUACAGAGAAUCAUUUGAAGAAAAUGGCUCUCUUUACAUAGUAAUGGAUUACUGUGAAGGAGGAGACCUGUUCAAACGUAUAAAUGCUCAGAAGGGCUUAUUUUUCCAAGAAGAUCAGAUUUUGGACUGGUUUGUUCAGAUAUGUUUGGCCCUGAAACAUGUACAUGAUAGGAAAAUUCUUCAUCGAGACAUAAAAUCACAGAACAUAUUUCUAACCAAAGAUGGUACGAUACAACUUGGAGAUUUUGGAAUUGCUAGAGUUCUUAAUAGUACUGUAGAGCUGGCUCGAACUUGUAUAGGAACCCCAUACUACUUGUCACCUGAAAUCUGUGAAAACAAGCCUUAUAAUAAUAAAAGUGACAUUUGGGCUCUGGGGUGUGUCCUUUAUGAGAUGUGUACACUUAAACAUGCAUUUGAAGCUGGCAAUAUGAAGAACCUCGUACUGAAGAUAAUAUCUGGAUCUUUUCCACCAGUGUCUUCACAUUAUUCCUAUGAUCUCCGCAAUUUGCUUUCUCAGUUAUUUAAGAGAAAUCCUAAGGAUAGACCAUCAGUCAACUCCAUAUUGGAGAAAGGUUUUAUAGCCAAACGUAUUGAAAGAUUUCUCUCACCUCAGCUCAUCGCAGAAGAAUUUUGUCUAAAAACAUUUUCAAAAUGUGGAGCACAGCCUGUACCAGCUAAGAGACCAGCUUCAGGACAAAGCUUGGUUUCUGUUGUGCCAGCACAGAAAAUCACAAAGCCUGCUGCUAAAUAUGGAGUACCUUUAACAUAUAAGAAAUAUGGAGAGAAAAAAUUACCUGAAAAAAAACCACUCCAAAAACAUAAACAGGCCCAUCAAAUUCCAGUGAAGAGAAUGAACCCUAGAGAAGAAAGGAGGAAAGCGUUUGAGGAACCAACAAGCAAAAGAAGGUUGGAAUUCAUUGACAGGGAAAAGAAACAAAAGGAUCAGAUUAGUUUUAUGAAGGCUGAACAAAUGAAAAGGCAUGAAAAAGAAAGGUUGGAGAGAAUAAAUAGGGCCAGGGAACAAGGAUGGAGAAAUGUGUUAAGUGCUGGUGGAGGUGGUGAAGUGAAGGCUCCCUUUUUUGUCAGUGGAGCAGCUGUAACUCCAUCAGCUUGUUCUUCUCGAGGACAAUAUGAACAUUACCAUGCCAUUUUUGAUCAAAUGCAACAACAAAGAGCAGGAGAUAACGAAGCAAAAUGGAAAGGAGAAAUGCGUGGUCAAGGACUUCCAGAAAGAGUAAUUCCAUCUGGGGUUCGUCCAGGAUUUCCUAAUGGGGCUGCAGGUCAUCACCAUUUCCCUGAUGCUGAUGAUAUUAGAAAAACUUUGAAAAGAUUGAAGGCCGUGUCUAAACAAGCCAGUACAAACAGGCAAAGGGGGCACCUUGAUGCAGAAAGAGCUAAACAAGUGGAAGAGUUCUUACAGCGAAAACGAGAAGCUAUGCAGAAUAAAGCACGAGCUGAAGGCCAUAUGGGAAUCCUGCAAAACCUGGCAGCUAUGUAUGGAGGCAGGUCCAGCUCUUCAAGAGGAGGGAAGCCAAGAAACAAAGAGGAAGAGAUUUAUCUGGCAAGGCUGAGGCAAAUACGACUGCAGAAUUUCAAUGAGCGCCUUCAGAUUAAAGCCAAACUUCGUGGGGAAAAGAAAGAAUCUGACAGUAUCAAAGGACAAGAAGGAAGUAAUGAGGCUGACUGGAGACACAAAAAGAUUGAAUCAUUUAAGGCCCAAACAAAUGCACGAGCAGCUGUACUGAAAGAACAGCUAGAACGUAAGAGAAAGGAAGCAUACGAGAGAGAAAAGAAGAUGUGGGAAGAGCAUUUGGUAGCUAAAGGAAUAAAGAGUUCUAAUGUUUCUCCACCUUUGGGACAGCAUGAAACAGGUGGCUCUCCAUCAAAGCAACAGAUAUUACCAGUUGUUUCUGUGACGUCAGCUUUGAAAGAAGUGGGUAUGGACAGAAGUUUAACUGAUACCCAAGAACCUUUGGAAGAAAUACAAAAGACCAACAGUGCUAUUUCAAAUAAACGUGAAAUACUACGGAGACUAAAUGAAAAUCUCAAAGCUCAAGAAGAUGAGAACGGAAAGGAGAAUCACUCCGAUAUGUCUGAGAUAAUUGUUCAUGAGGAUGCCAGACAGUAUGAAAAAGAAAAAUCUGUCCCAUCUGAUCGCAAGAAGUGGGAAGUAGGAGGUGAACUUGUGAUUCCCCAGGAUGAGGUGACACUGGAUAUGUCCUUCUCUGCGACUGAAAAACGUACAGUGGGAGAGGUUAUUAAGUUAGAUCCUAUUGGAUCUCCAAGAAAAGUCUGGGGGAAGAGCCCUGCAGAUUCAGUUCUAAAGAUACUUGGAGAAGCUGAACUCCAGCUUCAGACAGAACUAUUGGAAAACACAACCAUUAAAACUGAGAUUUCUCCUGAAGAGGAAAACCUCGAACCUUUAAUCACUGGAGGAGAAGAAGAAGAAAUACAUUAUAUUUCACAAGAUAUAACCCCAUCAGCUCUUGGUGAUUGUUCUGUUGAGACAGAAAGUCCAAACAUUGGUGAGGUAUCUCCCCAUACAUCAUUAAGGCCAGAGGGAAAUGUGGCAGAAUCUGAAGAUUUGGAAACAGAAGUUCUCCAAGAGUCCUGUGAGAAAAUAAAUGAUGGGAGCUUGCCAUGUACUGUUACCAAUGUGUGGCUUAAUGAGGACAAAGAACCAAAUGAACCUGAAUUGGAGGAUAGGGCUGCCAGUGAGCAAAAUGAAAUUUCUCAAGAUGGAAUCCCACAGAAUGUGGACCAAUUUAGUGAAGUACAUAUGGAACCUGGAAUAGACGAUUGUCAGCCCUGUAAAGGUGAUGUAGACAAAUCAGUGCAGCCGGAGCCAUUGUUCCAUAAAGUGAUUCAUUCUGAGCACUUGAAUUUACUCUCCCAGAUUCAAUCAGUUCAGUGUUUAACAGAAGAAUCCAUUCCACCUCGAUCUCAUUCUGAUUCACCGCCAAAAAGUAAAAACAAGAAUUCUUUGCUGAUUGGACUUUCAACUGGUCUAUUUGAUGCAAACAAUCCAAAGAUGUUGAGGACAUGUUCACUUCCAGAUCUAUCAAAGCUGUUCAGAACUCUGAUGGAUGUUCCCACUGUAGGAGAUGUCCAUCAGGACAAUCUUGAAGUAGAUGAAAUUGAAGAUGAGCACAUUAAAGAAGAGCCUUCUGAUUCCGAAGACAUUGUGUUUGAAGAAACGGACACGGAUUUACAAGAGCUCCAGGCCUCGAUGGAGCAGCUACUUAGGGAGCAGCCUGGUGAGGAAUACAGUGAGGAGGAAGAGUCAGUCUUAAAGAACAGUGAUGCAGAGAAGACCACCAAUGGGGCAGAUCCGCAAGAAGAAGAAGACAAUCCCAGCAGCGAAAGCGCUCUGAACGAAGAAUGGCACUCCGAUAACAGUGAUGGUGAGAAUACUAGUGGAUGUGAUUACGAUAGUCUCUUUAACCACUUAGAAGAACUAAGACUUCAACUGGAGCAAGAAAUGGGCUUUGAAAAGUUCUUUGAGGUUUAUGAGAAAGUAAAGGCUAUUCAUGGAGAUGAAGAUGAAAAUAUUGAGAUUUGUUCAACAAUGGUUCAGAAUAUUUUGGGACAUGAGCAUAGGCACCUUUAUGCCAAGAUUCUUCAUCUAGUCAUGGGAGAUGGAGCCUAUGAAGAAGAUAAUGAUGAAUAAUCUUCAAGAUGUUUAUUUAUUGUAUGAAGAAUUUGAAUUUGGCUUAUAAGAAUAACAAGCUUCAUUGGAGAAUAUAAAGAAUAAGCUAGGAUGCUUUUUACAUGAAAAAGAUGGAGAAACAUAGAGGUUUUUUUCAGUUAAGACUCUAGCAUAUUACCUAUUUUAUUGAAUUCCAUAGUUCAGUCCUAUAGAAUAUAUACUUUGUCCUAACAAAGUAUAAGAGGCAUUGAUUGACACAGAACUAGUCUUAAUGGGUUUGAAGAUUUACCAUGCAAUCAGGUACUUUGACUUUCAACAAAUGUCUUUAGAUUGAAGGAACUACCUCUGUCAUGAAAGACUUGCCUAUGGUUUUUCAUUGAAGUAUUUAAGCAUGACCUUUUAUUCUGUCUAGUGUUUUCAUUCUAAACUGCAGUUCUGCAUUAAGUAAUUCUUGUCAAGGGCUCUCUUUACAUCUGAAGUGGAAUUUUUAGCUUUGAAAUUUAUAUUCUCAAGUCAUUUUUCAACCAUUGUGUCUCUGAAGUAGCUCAGAGGAAACAGGCUGUGGACAGUCUUAGAAAUCACCCAGAGAUUUGGUUACGAAGAAUAGCAAAGUUGUAUUUCUCAGUAUUUAAGAAGUUGGUAAAUUUCUUCUGUUUCUCCUUAAGUACUGGAACUGGGAAUAUUAUAUCUAAAAAGUAUGCUGUGAAUUUUAACAAUGACCUAGCCUAGAUCAUAAAAUUUCCCUUUGAUUUUUCACUUCCUUGUAUGUAUGUGCUUUAGUGGCAAUGUCAGGUUAACUACUAUGGAAGAAUAUUUGCCUCUUUUACUUCCAUUACAAGAAGAUGUAGUUAGGUCAUUAAGAUGACAGUCACAUAGCUCCACUUACAGUAUGCCAACUAUUACAUGGUUUCAUUAGAGAUGUCUACAGUACAGAUGUUUUUAGACUAAAAAGAAAAAUUUUGAAUCUCUACAAAAGCAGCCUGAUUGGCAAAUAAUUUAAAAAUAAAAUCUAACCUUGCAGCACUAUGGGUACUAUGUUGGAUUUAUUAUGUAUAUUAUUUCUAAUAUCCUAAACAUUUGAUUUUUAUAUGUUUAUUUUGUAUUAUUAAAUUUCUAUUAUCUACCUGGUAUACUACUGAUUGUUGUUUAUUACCAUUAUCCUCCAUUGGUUUCUUUUAUGCAAUUAUAAAUAAUUGUUUGGCUUUGUACCAGAUGAUUGUUUUGAAUGUGCUCAGACAGUGCUAAUUCUUCCCAUGCAAACUCAAAGUUUUUGUACUUCUUACAUUGCAUAAAUAUUUUGCUAUGGUACUCCUUCCCUAAAGGCUUCAUAAAGGUUGUCUUGCUGUUUUAAUAUCUCGUGUCAGGCACAAUGCCUGGGAUCAUGGUAGGUAAUAAAUAUUUUUUCACUAGAUAAAUCUUUCUAGCCUUUGGAAAUUUUGAAAAAAAAUGAAAUUUAAUCUUUGGCAUAAAAUUUGUAUUUUUUUAUUAAUUAGACAAAAGCAAUUAAAAUGGCAAGCUCCCUUUGGCAUUCAAGUAAAAGAUAUUGAGCCUCCUUAGAUAACUUCCAUUUGGCAAAGAAAGGUUCUCACCUGAAAUUGAAAUUUAAAACUUUAGCUUAGAAACAGUUCCUUGAUUGAGAGAGCUUGAUUAAAAAGAGCUCAUUAAUGAAAAACAAUACUGUUUUUUAAAUAAAAGCUGA